AUGGGUUUGUGUUCAAUGAGAAUCCGUAGGUUCCUUAUUGCUUUUUCCCAUGUCUUUCUUGCUUUCGGAAGUCAAUUUCAUUUAUGCCCAAAAUUACGGGGUUUUGUAAGAAAUUGUUUAAAACAACAACUCAAACAACAAAGAGAACAAGAGAAGGAUAAAGCACAGAGACAACCGGAGACCAAGACGAAGGAUAAGAGCCAAGCUAAUGAGGAGACCAAAGAUAAGGCGACUACUGAUGCCAAGUCUUCCCCUGAGACUAAUGAGUUAACCACUAAACCACGGACCAAUAAUCAGACUGCUGAUGAUAAGCAAACCACUGAGUCAAACAAGGAAACCACUCAUUCAACCACACAACCAGAGACCAAUAAUCAGACUACUACUGAUACUGAUUCAAGCAAUUCAAGCAAUAAUGAGACGACUGCUGAUGAAAGCAAUGAGAAUGAGCUCACAGAUAAUGAGACGACUAAUGAGACUGCUGAUGAAAGCAAAGAGCUGAAGCAAACCACUGAUGAAGAUGAAACCACAGAGCUGACACAACCAGAGAAAGAGAUUGAGACCAAUAAGCACAGCUAUCUUCACUUACAACUUUCCAAGUCUUCCCCUGAAACUACUCAUGAAAGCAAAGAGCUCACAGAGAAGGCGCCUAGCCAAGGUGCCAAGCCAGAGCGGAAAGAUAAGGGCAGAGAUGGAAUACCAGACAAAGAACCUAAUGAUGAUUUUUUUCCUUUUAAUAAGAAGUGUAUUAGGAAGAUCAUGUUGAUGCUUCUGGAGAUGCGCAGCCUUAUAAUCUCGCUACUGGUAGAGAAAUGA